CGCCCCCCCUCUCUCUCCCCACCAACAGCUCAAACAUCUCCCCGUCGUCUCCGGGCUGUCGUUCAUUCAAAUGAACGGAAGCGGCGUCGACGGGGGAGGAGGGGGGUUCGACUCCGGCGACUACACACCGCCUCUCCGCUGACGUUUUGACGCCCACGGAGCCGAGGGCUGAGCCGGCCCCGAACUACCUGUUAGCUCGGAGGUGACCGAGAACCGCCUCCGCCGCGUACCUACUGACCUACUUUGCCUAAGUUGGGAGGGGAGGGGAGGGGAGGGGAGGUGGGGGGGAAAGCGGCACGGAGAGGUUCUCGGGGAACCGCAGAACAUGAACGACACCGGGGUGACCCCGCGGGGAAACGUCCAUUGAAACGGGAGAGAGGAACGGAGAGAGAAGGGGAGAUAAGGAGAAGCGCGUGCUGAAGAGCGCGAGGCGUGCGCGCGCGGGGAGACGGAGGAGGUUAUGCCCGCGUCCCUGCACCUGGACCCGGGGCUGCUGCCGCUGCUGCUGGCCUGCUGGCUCACCCCGAGGAUGGUCGGGGGAACGGUGCCGGCAGCCCCGGUCAACGUGUCGGUCACCCAGCUGAGGGCGCACUCGGCCAUGGUGACCUGGAACGUCCCCCAGGGCGAUACCGUCAUCGGCUACGCCAUCUCGCAACAGAGGCAGGACGGACUGAUGCAGCGCUCCAUCCGGGAGGUCAACACGUCCAGCCACUGGUGCGUGCUGUGGGAUCUGGACGAGGACACGCACUACAGCGUCCAGGUGCAGUCCGUGGGGCCGCACGGCGACAGCCAGCCUAGCCGCGCCGUCCACUUCCGGACGCUGGAGCGGACCGACCAUUAUCCUGUGGGGGUCCUAGACCACCAUGAGCCGGCGAUGGAGGGCCUGGGCAUGACUCCCCACCUGCAGACGGGCGAGCUGCUCAUCAUCACCACCGUGCUGCUGCUGUGGGCAGGUCAGUCGGCCAGCGCGUCAGUGGUCAAGCCCCAGAGCGCCGAGCUCCCUCUAACGUCUGCUCUCUGCUCCCCCCCAACAGCCGUCAUCGCCCUCUUCUGCCGGCAGUACGACAUCAUCAAAGACAACGACUCCAACGGGGCCAAGGAGAAGGCCAAGAGGCCGCUGGUGCGCGCCUCCUCCUCCUACUACAACGCCUCGGCCGGCAGCUCGCCGGCCUACCACAACGGAGCCGUGCGCAGCAGCCGGCUGCACCGAGCGUCCUCCUCCAUCAGCAUCAUCAGAGUCUGAGCUCCGGAGCCGUUUUUGAAGACUUUCUGCUCAGGUGGAGCUUCAUCUGGAUUAUCUCGACAAGUGAGGGGAAGGGUAGG